GGUUACCAAGUUAGGGAUCUGCCAGCUUCAGUCCUUUAUAUGGGAACAGUUGCUAUGAACUUGCUUCAGACCAGCACGGCUGUGCCCACCUGAAUCUACGCACAGAGACAUUAAAAUAAAAGAAUACAAACUGUUGUAUCUGAAGUGCUUUGCUGGCCGAGCCAACAUUUUGAGCGGUGUGAAAUAACCAAAUUCCAGGUGUCUUACUAAAACUCCUGCCUGUCUUACUACAACAGACUAACACAGCUGUCUUCCGGAGUAAUGAGCAUAGAACGCAGCCUGAUCUAGUUCUUGAUAAAGAUACAUUUCAGAAUGAGGUUUGUGGCCACAAUAGCUACUGCCCGAAGAUCAACAAAUUAAUUAAGGCAGAGGGUUUUGUGAAAGUGACCUCACUUCACUGUCAUUUCAGUCAAGCGUUAUAUUCGUUGCCAGUGUCUUCUGCCGGAAGGCGCUUCUCUUUCUCUUCUUGUCUAUGGUGCUUAGCACAGCUGUAGGAGGCUGAGCUGCGCACUCCCCCUCCGCGAAGGAAGGCCCGGGAAGGUUAACAUCCGGCAAAGACUCCGCCUUCUCUCUGGGGAAUUGGAGGCGGCCCUUGACAACCGGUGCCAAUCACGUGACCGAGGCCGGACUGCCAGCUGCCGGGAGAGAAGCGGCGGUGUUUCUUGGGUGCGUUUGUGCCGCCGCUGCCAGCAGGAUGUCGGGCAAGGACAGGAUCGAGAUUUUCCCUUCGCGGAUGGCUCAGACCAUCAUGAAGGCCCGUUUGAAAGGAGCCCAGACAGGCAGAAACCUCUUGAAGAAAAAGUCUGAUGCUCUUACUUUGCGAUUCCGGCAGAUACUAAAGAAAAUUAUUGAGACAAAGAUGUUGAUGGGUGAGGUGAUGAGAGAAGCAGCUUUCUCAUUGGCUGAGGCAAAAUUCACAGCUGGAGAUUUCAGUACUACAGUGAUUCAGAAUGUGAACAAAGCUCAAGUCAAGAUCAGAGCCAAGAAAGACAAUGUAGCAGGUGUGACCCUGCCAGUUUUUGAGCAUUAUCAAGAAGGAGGAGAUAGUUAUGAGCUGACUGGUUUAGCCAGAGGUGGGGAACAACUGGCAAAACUGAAAAGAAACUACGCCAAAGCUGUAGAGCUCCUUGUAGAACUGGCCUCGCUGCAGACUUCAUUUGUUACAUUGGAUGAAGCCAUCAAGAUAACAAACAGGCGUGUGAAUGCUAUUGAACAUGUGAUCAUUCCCAGGAUUGAACGUACACUUUCUUAUAUAAUCACUGAGCUGGAUGAGAGGGAGCGGGAAGAAUUCUACAGGUUAAAAAAGAUCCAGGAAAAGAAAAAAAUAAUAAAAGAGAAGAAUGAAAAAGAACAAGAGUUACGAAGGGCUGCUGGAGAGCAUGAACCUGCCAAUUUGCUUGCAGAAGACAAGGAUGAAGAUCUUCUAUUUGAAUAGCUGUGAACAUCUGUGCUGAAGCAAGAGCAGUGAUUCACUGAGAUACGGUUCCAGACCUGCAGUGAUGCUUAUUUAUGAUGUGGUUCUUCAUUUGGUGUAUUACUCUGUGAUCUAGACUCUGGAUUUAAUCUAAGGGUUCUUCUAUUAUGGAAAACAGCUCAUGUUUGAUCACUGAAUAUGUGCAUGAAGCAGAAUCAUUUCCAAUUCAAUUUAUCCAACCAUUUCAUUUCUUUGGCCACAGAAGAAUUGGAACCUUUGCUUCUGCAGUGCUUUCAGCUAUUCUUAGACUCCACUAGAAGUGCUUGUACACCUGCUUUGUGUUCACAGUCAAAAUCAGGUACUGCAGCCUUGCAACCCUAUUAAAUACCAGUUAUAGCUGCAUCUUUUGUUACAAUUUAUCUUUCUUGUAAGGAAGGUCCUACUUUGGUUUCAUGUUGUAGCUGUGUUGUAGCCAUUUGCCUCUGCUGCAGGAUCAGUAAAGGAAGCAGUGUCUAAA